GGGAGUUGGGGCAUUCUCUGAAAAUGGGCCGUUCCGGCCACGUGGGGAGGUUCUGAUCCGGAAUGAGCACAGUUGGAAUACAGAAGCGAAUAUGUUGUAUUUGGAGACGCCAGUGGGUGUUGGGUUUUCGUAUUCGACUGAUACCUCUUCCUAUGAGGCUGUGGAUGACAGAAUCACAGCAAGGGACAAUCUGGAGUUCUUGGAGAAAUGGUUUGCCAGAUUCCCACAUUACAAAAACAGAGCCUUGUUCAUUACUGGAGAAAGCUAUGCUGGUCAUUAUGUUCCCCAACUGGCAGAACUUAUGCUCCAAUCUAACCACACCUCUUUAAACCUUAGAGGCAUUGCUAUUGGUAAUCCUGUUCUAGAUUUCACUACCGACUUCAAUUCGAGGGCCGAGUUCCUUUGGUCGCACGGACUGAUAUCAGAUUCAACAUUUAAAAUGUUCACGUCGAUGUGUAACUACUCUCGGUAUGUGAGUGAGUACUAUAGGGGGUCUGUUUCACCCAUUUGCUCAAGGGUGAUGAGCCAAGUGAGCAAAGAAACCAGUAGAUUUGUUGACAAGUAUGAUGUUACUCUUGAUGUCUGCAUAUCGUCUGUGUUCUCACAGUCCAAAAUCCUCAACCCUCAACAAGUAACCGAGUCGGUCGAUGUCUGUGUGGAGGACGAGACGGUUAACUAUCUCAAUAGGCAAGAUGUACACAAGGAACUCCAUGCACGGCUUGUGGGAGUGCGACGAUGGGCUGUUUGCAGCAACAUUCUGGAUUAUAAGCUGCUGGACCUGGAGAUACCGACGAUUAACAUUGUUGGGAAACUGAUCAAAGCAGGAAUACAAGUGUUGGUCUACAGUGGGGAUCAAGAUUCUGUUAUUCCACUCACAGGAAGUAGAACUCUUGUUCAUAAACUAGCAAAACAGUUGAGACUAAAAACAACUGUGCCAUACAGAGUCUGGUUCGAGGGACAGCAGGUUGGUGGGUGGACUCAAGUUUAUGGCAACAUUCUUUCCUUCGCCACAAUCAGAGGGGCAUCACACGAGGCACCAUUUUCACAACCUGAAAGAUCACUGGUGUUGUUCAAGUCAUUUUUGCAAAGUCAGCCUCUGCCAGAAGCUUUCUGAAAGUGUCAAUGCAGUUUCGAGAAUUCAAGCCAAGCUGAGGUCAAAGAGUGAAGUUUGAUUGAUCCGAGAGUGAGAAGAUUGCUUUCCCUUCUUUAUCCCUCAAGUGUCACCACACUGGAGAGGAAGAUUUUUGUAAAGAUCACCAGUAAAAAAUGAGAAAAGUAUAUGGGGUAAAAAGAUCUCUUUUAUUGUUUUUGUCAUCUUUCAUGGAUUCUGUAGAGAAGAGAAGGUAUCUUAGGCAAAAUGAGAAGCUGCUGUUAACUUUGUGAGAGUAGAGUUUAAUUUGUUGUGAUGAGUCUCUCACAUAUUGUACAAGACUUCUGGGAAAGAAUUUUCAACAUAUGUAACUUAACUGUGAAUAGAGUGGGAUUGGAAUGGGA